AUGUCCUGCUGGUGGUUUAAGUGGACAUUUUGCCUUCUGGGGCUCGUGACGACGAGCAACGCCUCACCUGACGAUGAACCGGUGGAUUUUGGAGGCGAGUCCGGUUCCGGGAUGCCACAGACAGAUGAGGUCAACAUUCUGCAGGAGCUUUCUCUUCAAGUGUCCAACAGCAGUAACGCCUCCAUGACUGUGGAUGACAGCAGGUGUCCAGUCCUACAGGUUGGACAGUACUCCACCUUGGCUCUCUCUCUUCGGUAUCUCCUCACCGAUGGGUUCGCAGAUGAGUUCAGUUUAUUGGUGCAGCUGCGGAGUCCUCAGAGAGUUGAACGCAGUGUCUUCACCAUGCUCAGCCCCGACAACCACAUAAUGCUGCAGCUGCGGAUCAGCGCUUACGCCAUUAUCUUUAUAGGAACACAGCAGCGACACUACGAGUUCCCAGUCAGCGGCCUCUCUGAUGGAAAGUGGCACCAUGUGGCCGUCAGUGUCUCUGCCAAGAGGCUGGCGCUGUAUGUGGACUGCUCUCUGCUGGAGAGUGUGGAGUGGGUUUACCACGGCAUGGGGAUCAGCACCGACGGGCUGCUCAUGGUCGGGGGCAUUGUUGAGGGAUUUGAGACUCCUUUUGAAGGUCAUCUCCGACAGCUGACCUUCCUGAUGGGCGACCCAGAGGCCGCAAAGCAGCACUGCAGCCACCAUCCACCUCGCUGCGGCGAGGUCGCGCCCAAGCCUCCGCGCUCCCCACGCACAGACAACUCCCUGGAGAAUAUUCUGCUGUCCUCAAAUGACCUGGAGGAUCUGCUGGGGGAUCCUGAGGACGAGCAAUUUGGGAGCUUUGGCAGAAGAAUCAUGUUUUUAGCCCGAGGGAGUUCUCGAGGGGAUGGGACGGUGCCCUCAGGAUCUAAUCGGAAAGGCUCAGUAGGUCGUGGGGACGUCUUCGUGGUGGACGAGGACACGGACUUGUUGGAUCCAAUCUUCCAAAAUGGCGGACAGGUCAACCCUCAGUGGAAACCCUCUAGAAAUGGACCCAAGGGUAGCCAGAAAGGAAAGCCUGAACAGUUUGAGGAGAACAUUACCACAGACAAGAAGACCGACUCCAGUGGGAGGACUUCAUCGCUGUUCCCCAAAAAACCAACUGGUGACAUCAUUGACCUGGACAUGGGAGGUGUCCCCAAGAAGCCCUCAGUGGGAUUUCCCAUACCUAAAGACCCCUCAGAUCCCAGAACGUCCACUGACUCUGGGACAUCUGCAAAGGUGGUGGUUGAAAAGGGGAGACCGAUCACCAACGUUAUCCAACCAGACAAGGAGCGCCCUGCCACUGUGACCAUUGUAUCUAGAAAUGGAGACCUGGUCCUGGCCUCAGAUGGCAAACUGUACAGGCUCCAGAGAGGACCGCCAGGCUUCAUGGGUCCCCCAGGGCCAGAAGGCUGUCCUGGUGAGCCUGGCCUGCCUGGGUUUAAAGGUGAUAAGGGGAAGUUAGGCCCUGAAGGGCGUCCGGGAAAACAGGGGCAGCCAGGACCUCCUGGACCUCCAGGUUUACCAACUCUCUACUUAUGGAGGAACACAGCAGACGAAUGGGCUGCCUUUCAGCAAAGCAAUUUCUACCAGUUGCUUCGUGCUGGUUGGCCUAGUAAAGAAGGCCCUGCAGGACCACCUGGAGAGAUGGGCAAGCCUGGCAUGCAGGGGCCACCUGGUGCUGCUGGGGAGCGAGGACAACCAGGGAUGCCAGGAGAGAUGGGCGAGCGGGGACCCAGGGGCCCUCCAGGACAACCCGGGGCCCCAGGGAGAGAUGGGGAGGACGGAGAAGAUGGUCAGCCCGGGCCACCUGGUGCUGCUGGUUCCCCGGGCCUGUGGGGAUUCAGGGGAGAACGAGGGUCCGAAGGGGAAAAAGGUGAUGAGGGUCUCAUCGGCCUCAAGGGUCCAAGAGGAGACAUUGGCGAACCUGGCGAAAAGGGCUCUACUGGUUUACCGGGUCCACCUGGUCCUGUUGGACCACCAGGGCCUCAUGGGAUCCGAGGUGGAUAUGGGCCAGAGGGGCCCUGUGGACCUGAUGGGGAGCGAGGACUGGACGGCCCUCCAGGUCUGCCGGGGCCACCGGGCGCAGCAGGUGUUACAGGCCGAGUUGGCGCCCAAGGAGUUAAUGGCUCAAGGGGGGAUAUGGGACCUGCUGGCAGUGUUGGUCCCAAAGGCCCACAGGGGCCUCCAGGUUUAGAGGGACAGAUGGGACCCCCAGGACUCAGAGGACUGCAAGGACAUCCAGGACUGAUUGGUGCUCCUGGACCUAAAGGAGAUCCUGGGCCUGUGGGCCCUAUGGGGGCUCGGGGGGAUCCCGGCUUCGAGGGGCCCAUGGGUGCUGCAGGAACACAGGGUCCUGUGGGUUUUCCCGGAGUAACGGGUAACAGGGGACCAGAUGGGGACAAGGGGGACCCAGGACCUAAAGGCGACAAAGGUGAUCAGGGGGCAGUAGGUAUUAGGGGUCCUCAGGGAGAGAGGGGCCCCACCGGCUUCCAAGGUUUUGAAGGCAUCAAGGGUCAACCUGGCUCCAAAGGCACCGAGGGCACAAAUGGAGAAAAUGGUCCUCAGGGAAAACAGGGCAGCCGUGGGUUAAAGGGAAACAGGGGACCAGAUGGACGUAAAGGCAAACCAGGACCCAGAGGGAACAAGGGUCGGACCGGACAGAGGGGCCACGCUGGCCAACCGGGCCAAUCGGGUUUGCCGGGGCCACCUGGACCAGAGGGAGCAGAAGGAAAGCCUGGUACACAGGGUCCCUCUGGAGCAGCUGGCAGUGGCGGCAGUAAAGGACCUACGGGUUUUCAAGGAAUUGCUGGAGAGCGAGGAGCAGAUGGCCCACCAGGUUCCCCGGGGCCACCAGGGAAACCAGGACCUCAAGGAUCACCAGGACCUCCAGGAGAAAAGGUGAGUCGACAGGCACAGAGCGGGUUUCAUGGGAAACCGGGCAUGGAGGGACCUCAGGGCCCAGUAGGCAUGUAUGGUAUCCAGGGGAAUGUGGGCAUGCGUGGGCAUCCAGGGUUCAUAGGAGAAAGGGGUGAGCCAGGUUUACGAGGUUUACCUGGACCUGUUGGGAAGCCAGGACCUCCAGGUCUGCCAGGUCCCUCUGGAGAAAAGGGACCCCGGGGACCUCAGGGUCGACCUGGAGAUGAAGGAUCCAAAGGCAUACAGGGCCCACCAGGCCCUCCAGGUCUCCCAGGUGUUGAUGGUGCGGCUGGAAAACUUGGACCCAGGGGAAGCCAAGGGCCCCCAGGACCUGAGGGGCCACAGGGGCCAGCAGGAAUCCCAGGCCCACAGGGUGCUGAUGGGUUAUCAGGAGCAGCAGGGGAAAGAGGACACAAGGGUUUACCUGGCCUGCCUGGUGAUGCCGGCCCCACGGGACCAGAUGGACAACAGGGUCUCCCUGGCCAAACCGGAAAUGAAGGCCCACCUGGACGGAAAGGAGACCAGGGGGACCAGGGCUCCUGUGGUAUACUUGGUCCUCCAGGGCCCCAAGGAGAAAGAGGACUUGAAGGCCUAAAAGGCUUACAAGGACCACCUGGACCAGCGGGUAAAGAGGGUGACGUCGGGCAUCCUGGUGAAGCUGGAGAUCCUGGACCCAAAGGAGAAAAGGGUGAGGUUGGACCUCCAGGUCUGUCUGGUCGAGAGGGCCCUUGGGGAGACCUUGGAGAAAAUGGCGAAAGGGGCCCAAAGGGGGAGAAGGGCCACAUUGGAUUUAUGGGUGAGCCGGGACUGGCGGGUGAGGUUGGACCGGCAGGUCUGGCGGGGUUAGAGGGAAUCGCAGGCUUUAGGGGACCUCCGGGGCCAGACGGAUCUCAAGGCCAGAAGGGGGAGUCUGGGCUUACAGGAAUUACUGGACCUCCAGGGUCCCAAGGCCCUCAGGGAAUCGCUGGUGCUCGUGGUGUCAGAGGAGACGCAGGCGGGCUGGGACCACCUGGUCCUGUAGGAGAAGUUGGACCUCAGGGAGACUUGGGAGCUAAAGGGGACCCGGGGUCACAGGGGGAGAAGGGAGAGCCAGGAGCUCCAGGUGCACCAGGGGAAGAGGGUGAGGAAGGUCUGCCGGGGAUCCGAGGUCCUCCGGCUCUGCCUGGAUUUGAGGGGCCUCCAGGAGAGAUGGGACCCCAGGGUCCCCCAGGUCCCCCAGGGGCUCCUGGAGUUGGAGGUAGAGCAGGACCUGAGGGGAAACAGGGCACACCAGGGGAGAAGGGAGACGAUGGCAAGAAUGGAUCACCAGGCAAGCGGGGUCAUAUUGGAAGGAGGGGGAAACGGGGGAAAGCUGGAGUCAGGGGGACCAGGGGAGACAGAGGACCUAAGGGCCAGAAGGGAGACACAGGACUGCUCGGCGUCCCUGGAUGGCCCGGGCUCAUCGGAAUCCCGGGCUUACGUGGAGAGGCGGGAGAACAAGGUGAAAAGGGGAGAGAGGGUGAGAAAGGAGAUAUGGGACUGCCUGGACCGCCCGGGGCUGAUGGCAUGAAGGGUAUUCGUGGUGGUGUUGGGUUUCCUGGUCCAAUGGGUCCAAUGGGAGAGCAGGGGAAUAUUGGUCUGCCAGGACCGAGGGGUACACCAGGGAUGCCAGGACUGCCUGGUUUGUUUGGAUUAAAGGGUUUGAAAGGAUACCAAGGUUUUCCUGGUCUGCCAGGCAGGAAGGGGCUCCCAGGUCCACCUGGAGUCCCUGGACCCCCAGGAAAAUCACUGAAUAUUACACUGACUCAACUCAAGGACCUGAUGUAUGUGUCCGAUAAGCCAAACUACCCUCUGAUCCAGACUCUGCUAGAUUCUGUGCAGCAGGAGCUUCGGCUGCUGGUGGAUCCUCCUGAUGGCAGCAAGGAGCAUCCUGCCACCACCUGUCUGGAGCUCUGGCUCUGUCACCCCGAGUACAGCAGCGGAAUGUAUUACAUCGACCCCAACCAGGGCAGCCCAGCGGAUGCUCUGCUGGCCUACUGCAGCUUCUCUGCCACAUCAAAACAGACCUGCCUUCAUCCUCGAGACUCUCAGUUUCCCAUGAAAGCCUGGAUGGAAGAGUCCUCUGAAGAAGGAUCUUUUCAGUGGCUCAGCAGGCUGGAGCAGGGGUUCCAGUUUUACUAUCCAGGUGCUAAUGUGGUCCAGAUGCGUUUUCUGAGGUUGCACAGCAGCACUGCCCUCCAGAAUAUGACCUACUCCUGCCAUCCAGGACACAGACUGGGACAGACAGACAAAGACGUCAAAUUCCUCACUGACACAAGGAAGCAAAGUUACCUCGGAGCAGUUAAAGACUGUGUGCCUGGAGAGGAGGCCGUUUCUGGAGCUCGGGAGUCUGUGUUUGAGUUUGAGGACCUCCAUCUGCUCCCUCUGAGAGACGUAGCACUAAUGGGAGGUGGAAACUUCACACACCAGUUUGGCUUCACUGUGGGACCUGUGUGCUUCAGCUAG